AUGAUGGCAAUCAAAAAUAGCUUUUUCGUUGUCUUCCUUUUGUUGCACUCCGUGCAUGGAGACGCGAGCUAUUACUUUCAGGAGGAAAUGAAGCGCGGAUCUCUCAUCGGGAAUAUAGCAAAGGAUCUGAACCUGGACUCGAGUACACUGAUUUCUAGAAACGCUCGCGUUGAUGCAGCAGGGAAUCGUAAACGGUAUUGUGACAUCAAUCGCAGUACUGGAGAUUUAAUUGUGGACGACAGGAUUGACCGGGAGGAGCUUUGUGGAGAAAAGCUGUCGUGUGUAAUAAAACGCGAUCUUGUACUGGAGAAUCCUCUGGAGCUGCAUUCAUUCAUUAUACACGUUCAAGAUGUCAAUGAUAACUCUCCACAGUUCAACGAGAAAGCGAUAAGUCUAGAAAUCCAAGAAUCUGCAGACAGGGGAGCUCGUUUUGUGAUAGAAGAGGCGCACGAUGCGGAUGUUGGACAAAAUUCAGUCCAGCAGUACAGCCUUAAAAAGAAUGAUAAUUUUGUGUUGGUGGCUGAUGGAAACAGUAUAGAGCUUGUUCUUGAUAAAGAGCUAGAUCGUGAAAAACAACAGGAGAUUAAUUUGCUCCUUACAGCUCUAGACGGCGGCUCCCCUCAGAGAUCAGGUACAGUAGUCAUACACGUCACUGUGCUGGACGCUAAUGAUAACGCCCCAGUGUUUAGCCAGGCCGUUUAUAAAGCCAGUCUGCCUGAAAACUCUCCCUUAGACACUGUUGUGGUCACAGUGAGCGCAACUGAUGCAGACGAGGGGGUGAAUGGAGAUGUGAGUUAUGACUUUGGCCAUGUUUCAGAGGAUGUGAAGAAGAUAUUCAGUAUUGAUCGUAAAGUAGGUGAAAUAAGAGUAAUCGGCACCAUUGACUAUGAAGCUACCACAACAUUUGAAAUGCGCGUUAAAGCAAAAGAUGGGUUAGGGCUAUCAUCAUACGCCAAGGUGAUAAUUUCUAUUACUGACGUGAAUGACAACAUACCUGUAAUCUAUGUGAAAUCUCUGACUAAUCCUGUACCAGAGAAUGUGUCACCUGGUACAGAGGUGGGCAUCAUUAAUGUGCAGGACGCAGAUUCUAAUAAUAAUCAAGUGGUUCGCUGCUCUAUUCAGCAAAAUGUCCCAUUUAAGUUAGUUCCCUCUAUUAAAAACUACUAUUCUCUGGUGACUUCAGGUCAACUGGACCGUGAACUAGUGUCUGAUUACAACAUUACAAUCAUUGCCACUGACGAGGGCUCUCCACCUCUGUCUUCCUCUAAAACUGUUCAGUUAUCUGUAGCAGACAUCAACGACAACCCACCUGUGUUUGAGGAACAGUCGUACAGCGCAUAUGUGACUGAAAAUAACAAACCUGGCUCUACUUUAUGUUCCGUUGCUGCUCGAGACCCCGACUGGAGACAAAACGGUACAGUGAUUUAUUCUCUGUUAGCUGGUGAAGUGAACGGAGCCCCAGUAUCCUCCUAUGUAUCUGUUAACGGAGACACGGGGGUGAUCCACGCUGUGAGGUCGUUUGAUUAUGAACAGUUCAGGAGUUUUAAAGUCCACGUGAUGGCCAGAGACAACGGUUCUCCUCCGCUGAGCAGCAACGUGACAGUCAGUGUGUUCAUAUCGGAUGUGAAUGAUAACUCUCCUCAGAUACUGUACCCCGCCGCUGAGGGCAACUCCUUCAUGACCGAGCUGGUCCCCAAAGCUGCACACGGAGGCUCUCUGGUGUCCAAAGUGAUAGCGGUGGACGCAGACUCCGGACAGAACGCCUGGCUGUCCUAUCAUAUAGUCAAAUCCUCUGAUCCGGGACUUUUCAGUAUUGGUGUCCACAGCGGAGAAAUCAGUAUACAGCGGGACAUUUCUGAAUCUGACAGCAUGAAACAGAACCUUAUUGUGGCAGUGAAAGAUAACGGACAGCCCUCUCUCUCUGCCACCUGUUCCAUGUAUUUACUUAUUUCUGAUAACUUGGCUGAGGUCCCAGAACUGAAGGAUAUUUCUUACGAUGAGCAUAAUUCCAAACUGACUUCUUAUCUGAUCAUCGCUCUGGUGUCUGUGUCCACCUUCUUUUUUACCUUCAUCAUCAUCAUCCUGGGUGUGAGGUUUUGUCGCAGGAGAAAGCCCAGACUGUUGUUUGAUGGAGCAGUUGCCAUCCCCAGCGCGUAUCUCCCUCCUAAUUACGCAGAUGUUGACCCCACAGGAACUUUACGCAGCACUUAUAAUUAUGACGCCUACUUGACAACAGGUUCUAGAACCAGUGACUUUAAGUUCGUUUCAUCUUACAAUGACAACACUCUGCCUGCUGACCAGACUCUGAGGAAAAGUCCAUCAGACUUUGCUGAAGUGUUUGGAGAUUGUGAUCGCUCUUCCGAGGUACGCACACAUUUCAUUUCUGUCAACUAG